AUGUUUGUCCUCGUGAUCCAUUCGUUUGUGGAGUCCGGAUACCCUUUCCAGCGUAUUAGGUAUUGGUACCCGCGUCCUCUUCUCCUUUUGUCAAGAAUUUCCUUAACUUCGUAUUUCUCUUGUCCUUCUAUUAGAUCAGGUGAUGGUUGCUCGAAGUUGGGGCCAUGGGCAGCCAUCUCUUGA